CCCCCACAGACCAUCAUGAAAACCUUUACCUCCAUUGCUGUCCUUGCUAGUCUCGUGCUCGGCUUCGCCGUGACCUCGGCCGAGGCGAGCCUCAAGCCGACCUCGGUGGCCAAGCGCCAGGCCAGCCUUGACCCAGCGACUCUGCAGUCGAUCAUCAGCAGCGCCGAGGCGAACCCGUCGGCGGCGGCCUCGCUCUUGCCGCUCGCGCAGUCGUACUACAGCUCGAUUGCCGCUGCCGCCUCGGCCAGCCCGAGCAACUCGGCUCUGCAGGAGGAGGUGAGUGUCAUCAGCUCGGCCCUCGCGCAGGCCAGCAGCGCAGGCCUCCUCGCCACCACCACCAGCUCCAGUGCCGCGAUUAUCCCCACCGCCAGCCCGACAAGCAAGAACGCUGCCGUCGCCGUCCAGCAGCCCGCUGCCAUCGCUGCCGUCGCCGCCGCUGCCAUGGGCGCGUUUGUCUACGCCCUCUGAACAGAUCCCAUCCGAGAGUGCAUACAUGGUCCUCGGGGCAUCAAGGCGGGGCUAUAUGAGCGCACGGACGCCCAUGCGUCGCACCUGUUUUCUGUAGACGCCAGGCUUUUAAACAACGCCAGUGUAGAGCGCAAUACAUGCAGUAUGUAACAAAGGUCUAGAACUUCAUUGCUUGUCGUCC